AUGUCUGGACUGAAUGCAUCUCUUGGAUAUUUCCUGGCUGUAGUGACUUUUGGAGCCGCAGUUAGAGCACUCCUUGCGAAAUGGCCACGUUUCAGCUUCAUAAUGGAGUUUGCUUCUUCUUUCAUGCUGGUGGCAUGCUGGCUGGAGGUGCAGACCAUUGUGGAGGUGGGCCAGUGGGCUGGGGGCUUGGGUCCUGAUGUCACUGUAACCAUCCUGUUUGUGGUACUGCUGACCCAUGGUGUGAUCUGUGGCAGAGCCUCAGGGAAUCCUGCUUUGAUCCUACGAAAUUUCCUGCAGCUAGAGACCUCCACCCUUCUCACUCUCCUAGCUGUUGCAUCCCAGUUCCUUGGAGCCCACCUUGCCCUUGUGGUUGCGGUUUACUACUGGGGCCUGGAGCUCACAGACAUGCAUAUGAUCAAGAACCUGAUGGCUCGAGAGUGCAGCACAUCCCUCCUGGUUUCUUUGCUGCAGGGAUUUUUUACUGAGUCUGUGUGUGCGUUUGUUUUUCACCUACUCCACCUUAACCUUCGUCGUAGAUCUGCCCUCAUCCAGGUGCCCGUCAUUGCUAUCUUGUUAACUUUCCUGUCCUCUGCAGCCAGUGGCUACACGUCAGCUUACUUGAAUCCAUCCCUGGCCUACGGUGUUACCUUCCACUGUCCUGGGUUCACCUUCACAGAGUAUGCAGUAGUUUAUUGGCUUGGACCUCUCACAGGCAUGACUCUGGCCCUCUUCUUGUAUAUGGGCCAUAUUCCCAGGAUUUUUGCCAAGAACCUUCUAUAUUUUCAGAAGACGCGCUUCCGAGUGCCAAAGGGGAACCAAGCAGAGAAAAAGAAAAUGUGA